AUGCCGAACGGCACCUACAACUACCCCAAGAUCCGCUCGCCCCGGACCAUCCAUGUGCCGCCGUCCAGCUACCAGCAGCAGCACCAAUGGAGCUCGCGCGGCAGCGGGCCGCGUUCCUGGCGGCGCUCGCGGUGCCUGACGCUCGUCGCCGUCGCGCUCCUCCUGCUGCUCUGGUACAACCAUGGCAGCAGGUCUAAGACCGACCCCAACGCCGCACAGCGCCUGCCGAACGGGCUCCUCCCCGACGCGGGCGUCGACUGGUCGCGCUUCGCCUACUCGCAGUACGCCACCAACGGCGCGUACCUGUGCAACUCGGUCAUGCUGUUCUCGCAGCUAGCGGCGCUGGGCAGCCGCGCCGACCGCGUGCUGUUCUACCCGGAAGAAUGGGACCUGACGGUUGAAAGCACGCGCGACCGCGACAGCCAGCUGCUCGUGAUGGCGCGGGACACGCUCGGCGUCAAGCUGAUCCCGAUGAACAUGCAGAGCGUGCGCGCCAGCCGCCCAACAUCCUCCACCACCGACAACCAAGCCGACGAGGAGGAAGAGACGUGGGACUUCAGCAUCAACAAGUUCCUGGCCUGGAACCUGACGCAGUACGACCGCGUCCUCCACCUCGACUCGGACGUCACCCUCCGCAACAACCACCUCGACGACCUCUUCUUCCUGCCCCCCGCCCCGGCCGCCAUGCCGCGCGCCUACUGGGAGCUGCCGCACACGCGCAAACUCACCUCCCUCCUCGUCCUCCUCACGCCCUCACAAACAGAAUUCGAAGCCCUCAUGCACGCCGCCUUCACGUCCGAGGGCGCCCUGCACCGCUUCGACAUGGAGUUGCUGAACGAGCGCUACGCCGACUCCGCGCUCGUGCUGCCGCAUCGCCGGCUCGCGAUGCUGACGGGCGAGUUCAGGCGGGACGACCAUACCAUGUAUUUGGGGGCCGAGGACGAGUUCUGGGAUACGGAGAAGGUGCUGAAGGAGACGCGGCUGAUACAUUUUUCGGACUGGCCCCUGCCGAAGCCGUGGAUCAUGUGGCCGAAUAAGCUGCUUGCGGAGAUGCUGCCGAAGUGUAGGAUUCGUCCGGGGACGGCGGCGGAGAGUGGGUGUCAGGAUAGAGAGGUUUGGAAGGCGUUGUAUGAGGAUUUUAGGGAGAGAAGGAAGGAUGUUUGCAAGUUGCUCAGCGUUCCUGCCCCGCAGUGGCCCCCGCCGCCGAAGAUGAGCAAGCCCAAGGCGAAAUCCGAUGACGAUGGCGCGAAGACGAAAGACGCACCCGACACCAGAGCUACGCCGUAA